AUGACAGGAACACAAGAACAGCCUGAGAUUGUUGAGGCUAUUAGUUCUAACGACUCUGAAGUAGUUAGGGAAGUGAAACAGGAAGGAAAAGUAGAGGCAGGUGAUUUUGAAAAGUUUCCUGGAGAAAACAUAGAAAAAACUAAAAGCGAUGUUAAUUCAGAUAAUGAAUUAUCCUUGUACAAAAAAUUCAAGAUACGGGUUCCUCGUCAUACCCUUUAUUUCCAUAUAUUGUUGGGAUGUCUUUUCACUGCAUGGUGGCUUUCGAUUUUAAUUCAAGACAAGCAUAGACACCAAUGGUUAGUUCCUACUGUCUUAUGGGGUUUACUCAUGGUUAGACUUAUUUCGUGGCAUUGCAGAAUUUUGUAUGUGUUGUUCCACUAUUGCCAAAAGGUUUGGUACUUUGUAACGGAAAUCCUCUACUCCAAAAUAUUGACAACCAGGCCAAGGAGAUUGAUAGUUGGAGCUAUCAUAACUCUCGGAGUCGUAUUGCUCGGGACAUUCGUACCUUCCGAAACCAAAUAUUCACGCAGACAAGAUCGUGCUGUAUCAUUCUUCGGAAUUGUUGUUGCGGUCGUUGGGUUGUAUUUGACAUCUAAUAACAGAAAAAAGAUUCAAUGGAACACGGUUAUUGGUGGUUUGUUGAUGCAGUUUAUUAUUGCCUUGUUUGUGUUGCGUACAAAAUGUGGUUACGAUAUUUUUAAUUUCAUUUCAACUUUAGCUAGAGAACUCUUAGGGUUUGCUAAAGAUGGGGUCGCCUUUUUAACCACAACUGAAGUUUCUCAAUUAGGCAUGUUUUUCUUCACAGUCUUACCAUCUGUGGCUUUUUUUGUUGCCUUUAUUCAUAUUUGGUAUUAUUAUGGAAUGGUUCAAUGGUUUAUUGGAAAGUUUGCAUAUUUCUUUUUCUGGAGUCUUAGAGUUUCUGGGGCUGAAGCAGUUACUGCAGCUGCAUCUCCAUUCCUUGGUAUUGGUGAGAGUGCCAUUUUAAUUAAAGAUUUGGUACCAUAUUUAACAAAGGCUGAGCUCCAUCAAAUUAUGUGUUCUGGUUUCUCCACUAUUUCGGGAGCUGUAUUGGUUGGCUAUAUUGGACUUGGGUUGAACCCACAAGCUCUUGUCAGUUCGUGUGUUAUGUCUAUUCCGGCAUCAUUAGCUGCAUCCAAGUUAAGAUAUCCUGAAACUGAGGUCCCAAUAUCAAAUAGUACAUUUAAUGUUCCUAAGCAUAUGGAAGACGAAGCCACGAGACCUAGAAACGUUUUACAGGCAUUCUCAAAUGGGGCAACAUUGGGUUUAAGGAUUGCAGGUACCAUGAUGAUUCAAUGUAUGUGUAUCAUUGGCCUUGUUGCAUUGAUUAACGGCAUUUUAACCUGGUUCGGUAAUUACUGGAAUAUUCAUGAAUUAACCCUCGAACUAAUGUUAUCCUACCUUUUAUACCCAAUUGGAUUUUUAUUGGGUACUCCAAGAAACGAAAUUUUGCAUGUUACCAAAUUAAUUGGAACCAAGAUCAUUCAAAACGAAUUUGUUGCCUAUAACUUAUUGAUAACCGAAUCUCCUUAUAAAGAAAUGUCUAGGAGAGGUACGUUGAUCGCAACAUAUGCUCUUUGUGGGUUUUCAAAUUUGGGUUCUUUAGGAAUUACAUUGGGUGUUUUAAAUACCUUAACCAACAACUCAAGAUCUAGAGACAUCACAAGCUCCAUUAUUUCUGCCCUUUUUACUGGAGGUCUUGCCACUUUAACAUCUGCCGCCAUUGCGGCUAUGGUUAUUCAUGAUUUAGGUUCAUAUGACAUAAAUUGA